AUGGCGUGGUUGACCCUUUCAGAAGAGAGCAAGGAGCGCAUCUCCCGCGUGAUCGACUUCUCAAGAAUCGCCGUCCACUACGGCUACCUUCCUCUCAUCAUCUACCUCGGAUACACCAAGAGCAACCCGCGACCUUCGUUGAUCCGGUACGUUUCGCCGAGCGCAGCGCCAUCAGAGAGACACCAUAUGAAGGCAGGGACAGAACAACAAAGGACUGACUCGGCGACAGAUUAUUCUCACCUUUGGCAUAAGGAAUACGCGGCGAUCUGUAUGAGAUAAGGGAAAGAGGGACGAAGG